UUUAAAUCUUAUUUUUUUUUCAGAGUGCGUCUAUCUGUGGAAGGAUGUCAGUGAGCCAGAUGUGCCAUCAGUCUAUCCCGUCCCGACCGAAAUAUUCCCCACUGCUCUGGAUUACAUAUGCAAUGCACGUUAGGCAGAUUUCGCCUCCAGGCUGUGUGUUUGUGUGUGCGCUCGCGUUGACUUGACACCCGGGGGACUUUGCCACAUCUGUGAGUUUGUCCACAGUAGCCGCCUGGUCAGAUGCUUCGCCUCUCCGUUGUCAAGGUGUCCCUCCUCCCUUCUUUAGUCCUUCUGUCCUCCUUCUCUUAAUUCUGUCCUUCGUUCAGUCCUUGCGUCACCCCCGGUUGCUCUUAUUUCUUCCUUAGCCACCUAGCCCCCCCGCCCGCCAUCCCUCUCCUUUCUCAUUUCCCAAUUAAAAGUCUUUCAUAUUUUCCCCCUCUUUCCUCCAUCCUCCUCCCUCCAUCCAUUUCUCGCGUCCCUCCUCUUUCCUCCCUUCACUCAGUCCCAUCACUGACCCAAUUAAGCGUGGGGAGGGACACAGCAGGAGGAGAGUGACGGAGGUAAGGCGAGAGAGGGAGAGGGAGAGGUAGGGUGGGCAGAGGGAGUUGGAGAGUCCGUAGCAGAGAGAGUCACAAAACACGAUCCGCCUACCUGCCAGGACAUACACAGUGAAUUGUCCAAACUUCUCCUGGAACUUAAACAACCUCUGACAGCCUCGAGGGCGACGGGAGAGUCGGGCAGCGAGUCGACAGUCCUGCUGCCACGCACUUACUGCUCUCGAUGAAGAAACGAGGAGAAUAACAAUCUACCUUCGGUGAAGAAAGCGGGUGGGGUGCCGUGCGGAGUUAGGAUGGGCGAAUGCCGCCACAUAGAGGGAGACUGAGAGGAGAGACUGAAGCGACAGAGACGCUGCAUUCCUGGUUGGAGCUGGGGGGGAGGGGGGUAACGUAGUUGCCCUGGGGCAAGAGAGAGGGGUUUUUUUGUUGACAGAGAGAGGAAGAGGGAGAGGAUGCAGCUGUUCUUCCAAGACAAGUGGGAGGUGGAGGGGCUGCAGACUGUGGGCAUCCUCCUGGUGGUCUGCAGCUCCCUCAAACUGAUGCACUUCCUGGGGCUUAUCGACAUUUCAGUGGCAGACAGCGUGGAAGAUGAUUUUGAGUUAUCCACUGUGUGCCAUCGCCCAGAAAGCAUGGACAAGCUGCAGGAGCAGACUAAGUUCACCAAGAAGGAGCUGCAAGUCCUCUACAGGGGCUUCAAAAACGAGUGUCCGUGCGGCGUGGUGAAUGAGGAGAACUUUAAGACCAUCUACUCCCAGUUCUUCCCUCAGGGAGAUUCAAGUAUGUAUGCACAUUUCCUGUUUGAAGCCUUUGACACCAACAAGAACGGCUCGGUUAGUUUUGAGGAUUUUGUAUUCGGCCUAUCUAUCAUCCUGAGAGGGACCGUUAAUGACCGGCUAAACUGGGCGUUCAACCUCUAUGACCUGAACAAGGAUGGCUGCAUCACCAAAGAGGAGAUGUUGGACAUCAUGAGGUCCAUCUAUGACAUGAUGGGGAAGUACACAUACCCCACAAUGCAGGACGAUGCCCCAAGAGAACAUGUAGAAAGCUUCUUCCAGAAAAUGGACCGUAAUAAAGACGGGGUGGUCACCAUAGAGGAGUUCAUCGAGUCUUGUAAAAAGGAUGAGAACAUCAUGCAGUCCAUGCAGCUGUUUGAAAAUGUCAUCUAAGAAUCUGGACCAGUUAGGACGCUGGCACCAGGGAGGGGAUUGUGUGUGUGUGUGUGUGUGUGUGUGUGUGUGUGUGUGUGUGUGUGUGUGUGUGUGUGUGUGUGUGUGUGUGUGUGUGUGUGUGUGUGUGUGUGUGUGUGUGUGUGUGUGUGUGUGUGUGUGUGUGUGUGUCUACGUGUGUGCGUGUGUGUGUGUCUACGUGUGACCAGGAUUGAAGAGUUUGUGAAUGUGUGUGUCUGUGCGGCCGGUAUCUGACUUGCAAGCAGUUGUGUCUCUCUCGUGAGAGCUGUGGGUCCGGAAGGCACGGAGGAGCCCACCCUCGCUUCCUGGACCCCCAGUGGCAUUUCUCGAAGCAACAAUGGAGUUUCCGCAACUCCUUCCUCAUCAUGCAGAACUUUAGUUUUACCCCCAGAGACACACAAAGAAAGAUGGCAAGCGGCUGGCUCACAGGCACUUGCACACCCAAAUCCCCCACCUGUUUAAUCGUUUUAUUUUAUUUUAUUUAUUACUAUUAUUGAUGGAGCAACUAUUGCGGUCUGUAAUGGCUGAACUCUGUAGGGAAGCAGUUCCCCCCCCACCCCCAAACCUUGACCUUCGUACACUUUUCCCCCUUCCCCUGUGAUGGCUGAGAUUUGGAUUUGUGGAUCGGAUCGUGCUUCUGUGCAUGUGGGUAACAUUUCCCUGUAACUGCCAGACUGCUCACGCACCGGCCAUGAAAAUGAAUCUACCGCCAUCUAGUGGAUGAGCGAGAGCGAGAAAGACACUUUCUGAUGGAACAACUGACCAAUGGGAAAUCAGCGCGAUCCAGUUUUACAGAGGAAGGUUCAAACAUUUUGUUUUCCAUAUCGCAUGAUGAUGUCACUAAUAUCCAAUUAUGUAUUUACAGAGAUACUCCAAAGUCUGCUCGUCUGUCUGCUGUUCCUAGUCAUUCACAGGUGCCUCACCCUUUGUGUAUGUGCGUGUGCAUGUGUUACUGAAAGAGAUGUCAUCCAUCUUACCUAUCUAAGACACUAAUGGACCAACCCCCUCCUCUAUCCAUGGGAUUCUGGUAGAAUAAUCCCCAGCCUUCCAAACUAUUACAGUUCUAGCCGUAGGCGUCUAUUGACUGUUGUACAUUUUCUAGCCUUCCCAGUGGUGUGAUAUUAGACGGUACAACGUGGGGAUUGCACUUUAGUUGACGAAAUCCCAGCUUCUCUCGACGCGGGACUGGCAUACCACAGCCGUACUAGUCUUAUCAAUAUACACCCAUGGGGAAUUUAUUAGAUUGCAGAUUGUAUUUGUGAACUUUCGUAAUCGGAAAAUGUCAUGUGGUUGUAGCAGGUUCUACCACUUCCCCCCAAAAAAGGAAAGAAAAAUAAUACAUGAAAACCCUUGUUGCAUAAAAUUAGAUUAAUUCACUUUAGAAAGAGACAUAGUAUGUGGGAGUGUAUUAGUGAGUGAGAGAUCGAGAGAUGCUUUAAUAAGUUGUUUUCUUUAUGUCCACCCUCCCAUUCCCUCCCUCUCUCUGUAACACCAAAGAGAAGAUUUCAGAGGUAUAUUGAGACAUAUAGCCCACCCAUGGGUGAAGAGAGAGGGAGAUGCUGUGUAGUGAGAAGGGCAAGGGGCAAUCAGAGAUAAAAGGAUGUGGUUGGGUAAACCGACGACGUGGCUUUCCUGAAGAGUAAUCUUAUAUUGUGAACCCACAUGUUAGGCUCUUAUGAAUUCAUAUUUUUGGGAGAAUUUGUAACCAUUUAUUAAUAUUUUCACUCACGAAUACCAGAGGCACUCAAGGUGUCCUUCAAUAGGCUGCAGUGUCUUUGAAUUACAGAGGUUAACAUGAAAUAGCAAUAAUUCCCUUGACCACUUUAUCAGCACCUUUUCAACCUCCAACUUCUCAUUCUUCUCAGAGCACAGUAGUAUAAAGGUGCACUAAGGCCCUGAUAAAAAAUAUGCACUUUUAAAGCUGCUUUAAUUUAUUUUUAUUUUUUUAAUUUCUAGAGGGGGGAAAGGGGGUUUGGCUCUGAUUGUUCCUUGCCAAGUCUUUAACUUCCAUUCCUGGCCACAGGUCAAAACCUGUCUAUACCCGCAUGUACUGUGUCUAGAUCAAUGAAAAUCUACUAACCUGUUGUACUAACUGUCUAGUUAGCUAGCAUCAGCUGGUUGCAUUACGUAUUUAAAAAUGUGUAUAUUUUGUACAGAGACAAUAAAAAAAAUCACAGUUACUAUGCAAAAA